AUGAAGGCUUUCGAAGCACGAAUAGUGAGCAAAGUGUCCGGUAUGAUUAAAGACAUUGAGUCCAAAAUAUUGGAGAAGGUUGAUCAAUCUGAUCACACCACAGAGUUAAGAAUAAAUUCUUUCAAUACAAAGUAUGUGGGAGCUGUCAAAGAAUUAACCAAUGUUCAAAAAGAAAGACAUACAUUGUUUGUUAUGGAUGUGAAGAAAUUGAGAGAAGAUGUUAACUUGAAGCUUCAAGAGCUUCGUGAUGAUAUGUUGUAUGAAAGCUUGAGUCCUCAAAUUACUCAACUUUCUACAACUGACAAUCAACAGUUUGGGGAGGUUAUUGCGAUGCUCAAGGAUUUAAAAGAUGCCCUACUUAUUCAACCAUGGGUGCAAGGGGGAGAGAAGAGAGUUGGAGAAGCUUCUCAUGCGAAGGCUAGAGGUGAAGCUUCGCAGGGAGAGGUUAAAGUUUUUGGCAAAAAUUUUCCUUCAAAGCUUCCAUCAUCUAAGCCAACAAUUUCAAGUGUUGGGCCAGUUACCUCAACAAUUGUGACAUCAAUGCCAAUCAUGAAGCCAAUUUCGAAGGGAGUUGUAAUUGGUUCAUCUACUGAUCAAGCUGAUUCUUCGAAAGCAAAAGAUGCUACACAAAAAUCAACAGGCAAAGGCAAGCUGAUUGUUGUUGAAAAAUCAAAGGAAGAGAAGAAAGCAGAGGCCAAAGCUGAGAUUGAGAAGUUAGGAGUAGUUCAAAGCAUAAUGAGGCAAAGUGCGAGUGAUCCUCCUGGUUUGAACAAAAGAGAUCCUGCCAAACAUUACAACUACGAGACGAUUAAAGCGAAAGUGGCAUUCAGACACAUGUAUGCAUUCGAAAAGAAACCAAAACAGAGUUAUGUGGUUUCUAAUCCAGACAUGAGUCAGCUUGACUUCCCAAUUAAUGAGAUGAUGUUCCUGAUGCCUCAGUUCAAAAUGUCGGAUAAAUUCAAGAGCGAAGAUGUUUACAACUACUUGAAGCUUCAUUUUCAUGCAGUUCUUACUAAAGCUCCAGAGGAAAUUUGGUUAUUGAUAACUCAUAACACACACAAGGGUUACAUAGACUCCUAA